UCACUGUAUGAGAAUGACACGACGAUGACGUUUAUGACAAAUGAUCAAAUCAAGGAACUUCGUUUCUAGUUUUAGUGGAUAAACUUUAGUGACGUUUUGGUAUUUCCAUUAUUGUUUUUUUAAAGGCCGUAUUUGGAAAAAAAGUUACUCAGGGAUACAAUUUGGAAAAUCAAUUCAAUGAGUUUCUCUUCUCCAAUGCCUAGUAGAGAAUUUUUGUGGGAUGUAUUUCAAAGAGUUGAUAGGGAUAGAAGUGGAUAUAUCAAUGCCGAUGAGUUAGGAAUGGCUCUAUCAAAUGGUACUUGGAGUCCUUUCAAUCCAGAAACUGUUCGUUUGAUGAUAGGAAUGUUUGAUCGCCACAAUAGAGGUCAAGUGAGCUUUGAAGACUUUGGUGCUUUGUGGAAAUAUGUCACAGACUGGCAAAACUGCUUCAGAUCAUUUGAUAGGGACAACUCUGGAAAUAUUGACAAAGACGAACUUAAAACAGCCCUUAUAUCAUUCGGAUACAGGCUAUCUGAUAAUUUGGUUGAAACUUUGUUGAGAAAAUUUGACAGGCAUGGAAGAGGAACAAUAUUGUUCGAUGAUUUUAUUCAAUGCUGUAUUGGAUUAUAUACUCUCACAUCUUCAUUCAGGCAGUAUGACACCGAUCAAGAUGGAUACAUUACAAUUCACUAUGAGCAGUUUUUGAGUAUGGUUUUUAGUUUAAAAAUCUGAAUAUUCACUCAUCUACAUAUACUGAUUUUGUGCCACUAAUAUGCUAGGUGCAUCAACUCGUGUCAAACAAAUGAUGGAUCUAAAAGAUUGGACUUUGUUUCUCAAUUCUAUCAUCUAUUAAGAAUGAAGUGCAUCUGUAAUAAUAACUAUUAUCUAAUAUUCCACUACUUAAGUAUACUUUUCUUCAAAUCUCAGUUUUGUUUCAAGUGGCUUUUAUAUUAUGGUGUUUAAUACAGUGAUUAUAUCUGAUUUUAUUGAGUAGUUAACUACUAGUUGGAAACUUUCUGCCUUCCAAAUGACUUGUUAGUUGUUUAAUUAAUGUCUUAAAGUGUUCUUCGGCAUAUUACAUUAGUGGAACUUAAAUAGCUUUCAUUAUCAUACGAUAUUCAAUAAAUAUUUUUUCAUUCUAACACUGAAAUUUGUUUAAAGAAUUGAUGAAAUUAUCUGUGAUUUAUACUCUUCUGUCUGAAAUAGUAUGCUGUUAUAUUUUUUAUAGAGUAAAGCAAGAUGCAUAGAAUAUCCCUGAUAUCAUCACUUGGUUCAUAUUCCCAUAUUGUCAAAAAAUCUUGACCAACGGCAUUCUUGAUAAAGAAAUAAUGAAGAUAUUCAAUAAAUUUCAGCAUCUCAUUCACAAAGGUGUUGGGUGUAACUCAAGUGACCCCACUAUACAAUGUCAAGUUGGCACUUCAAUUUUAUUUUCAAUGCUGUUUACAUUUUGGAAUAAAUUGAUAUCGGGUGAAAGAUUGGUUACAUUAUGAUCCAUAAAUUAAAUAUCUCAACAUGUGUACAGAGUAUAGUUAAUCUCAUGUGUCGCCUUGAGAGUUUUUGAAAAAACGAAAGCAAAUUGGUUGAUAACACCAGGGUCUAUGCAUCUUUGAGUAGAUUAACAUUGUUGCGUUACUUUCUCAGUAUAACUAUUGGAAUAUAGUUCUUGUUAGGAAAAAUAGUUUUCUCAUUGUUUAAAAUCAUUUUUAUCAAACACUAUAUUUAUACAUUGUAUGUUAUGUUUAUGUUCACAGGAAUUCUAAGAAUAUUACCUCACAAGUUUAACACAAAGUACUAAUCAUUGAAAAUAUAUCAUCGAGUAGAUUUAUAUUUAUUUCAGCUGACAGUGAAAUUUUUGUUUUAAACUAGACUUUAUUGUAAAUAAACUUGUGAUUUUAGGUUUUAUAUUGAUUUCUCUGAAGUGAGAAUUCUUUGAAAAAUAUCUUGAUAUAUUAUAGGUUUAAUAUUUUUGUAAUAAUCAAACUUUUAAUAAAUAUUGUUGAGCAACACAUGCUUUAAUUAUAUUUCCAACUAUUUUUUUGUAUGAAAUACAUCUCAAUGAGUUGAAACCACAGGGGAAUAUUGUAAUUAUCCGAAGGACUAAAAACAAAAAUGCAAGCAUUUGUUAUCUUAUACGAGGUUUUCGUCAAAAACCAUACAUUUUGCUCAGGUGUAAAGUACCUUUAUUUUUGACAAUGUCAAAAAUUGUUAUUUGAAUAAAUCCAUCAGAAUUCAAAAUCACUUUCAAAUAUGCUAUUUCACCAUGAAAUAUCAAUAUUUUUGCUCAAUGAAUUAAUUUUGCAAAUUUCUAUUUUACAUGUACAAUAAUCACAGUUUAAUUUUCGUUUUUAUUGUAGGUACAAGUUUCGAAAAAUCAAAGAAAUGAAUUCCAAGUUGAUGCAAUUGUAUAUUUGAACAUGAUUUUCAAUUCUGAUCAACUUAUUUUGACAACCUAUAGGAUGCAGGCGUCAAUGUUUUCGUUGGUUUGCCGGUUUUGCCGUGGUCUUCUUUGAUUACAAUCUCCAAACGUUUCAACUGCAACUGCGUGGUCGAAGUACUCUUCCUGAUUUAUCAAAUGAAACGCAGUUCAGAAGAGUAUUUUGACCACGCAUCUGAAGAUGAUGAUAUUUUGACAACAGAUUUCGAUAUUAAGCAAAAUUCAUAGUUUUCGAUAAACCUCACAAACGACUGAAAGAAUAUAAUAACUGAUGAAUGAUUUUGAUUUUUAGGUUUUAGUCAUCACAGAAUUUUUUAUAAAAUACAUUUUCCAUAUGGUUUCAACUCAUUGAGAUACACUGUAUAAGUAAGGUCUGAUGAGUCUUCUCACAUUGAGACAUUUCAAUCAUUUCAGCAAAGAUUUCACAAGUAAUUUAUUCAAAGCUAAUAAUAUAUAAAAAUAAUACUUUCACUAAUAUUGACUAAAUUAUAUAAAUGCAGAACAUAUGUAAUAAACAAAGCUAAUGGCGAAUUUGAAAAAUGUAUUUAGGCAACUUGAAAUGAAAAAAAUACUAGAUCAAUGUCAGUGAAUUUGAAAUCAAGUAUCCGGGAGGCCGGUUAUUCAUUACGGUACAGCAUAUAUUUGCAAAAGAAACCGUUCAGUUUCAACAAUGUGCCAAUACCUUUGGUAGACUAAUGUAUCAAACAAUUCUAAUUGUAUCAUCUUAUUCUUUCCUUGGAUGGCUUUUCUGAAUGAUAAUAUACGGUAUUUUUUUCGUA